GUCAGUUAAAGUCUCCAUUUUCCAUCUCUCUUUCCCCUCUUUUCAUUUCCCUGCAAUUCCAAGCUCUCUCUCUUUGAUUCAAUGGCGAACAGGUGGUUGAGGCCUGAGGUGUAUCCGCUGUUCGCGGCCGUCGGUGUAGCUAUAGGGAUUUGUGGAGUGCAGUUAGUGCGAAAUAUCUGCAUCAACCCUGAAGUCAGGGUUAACAAGGAGAAUAGGGCUGCAGGGGUUCUGGAGAACUUUGCUGAGGGCGAAAAGUAUUCUGAGCAUUUCCUGAGGAAGUAUGUUCGCAACAAGUCUCCUGAAAUCAUGCCAUCCAUCAAUAGCUUCUUCACAGACCCAAGCAAGGCUUGAACUGCUUAAGAGUCAUGUAUUUUCAUUUGGGUACAUUUGAAGUCAUGCCUUUUGUCAUGAAAAGGUUGUGUUUGCUUUUAGUUGAUAGGGUUGAACUGGAAAUAAGGUUCUUCCUAAGUUGUUAGAAACCUCUAUUAACCUUUCAUAUUGUUACACCCUUCAAUGUUACUAUGCAUUUGAGUGAAAACUGGUGUUGUUUUAUAUUUGCUUUAUAUGCAUUUCUCUGAGGGAGUAAUUUAGCUGGAUCAGGUGUAGACUC